GCAGGCGUGCGCUGACCUUUCAGGAGGGCAACGCUGGGGGCCUCAAGGUGCGACAGCCGCAAAGAGAGGCAUCGUGCGAAUACAUGAAAAGCAGCCCCCAAAGUUCGCGUCCAGGAAAGCCGUGCAUUCCGCCCGCAAAGUUUUGGCCUUAUCGAGGAAAAACGAGUUGGAGGAUGGAGCUCGGUCAGCGAAUCCUGGAUGCAGUCACGCCUGUUAUACAAGAGGAACAAUGCAAAGGAUUUUUCUUGUAUGGUGAUGUCACCUGGUGCAAUGUGGCAUUUGCAAAAACACCCCCGGCAUCAGUAGGUUUGUCGUAUGGAAUCGAGGAACGAGACAUCUGGAGCGAACUGAUCAGCCAGAAAAUGUUGCCCACGAAGCUCUAUGACUGCUUUAUCCCACCAGAAAGGUCGAUGCCAAUGUCUGGCAAGUCGCCGAACGGAACGCGGCGAUGCCAAGGAGUGGAGAAGCAGCCUUGCUACGCAACAAAAUACGAGUCCUACAGCAUCUGCUUGGGAGCCAAGGCAACCGUCCAAGACGGCCGUAGCUUUGAGACUCUCCAUUCCCAUCUUCAUGGAAUGCCGCCGCUAUCGGUGCACCUCAAGAUCGACACAGAGGGCUCCGAAUGGCCGGUUCUAGACGCGCUCCUUUCCAGCGAUGACAUCCACAAGCUCCGUACACUGGACAUGGAGGUGCAUUUCGGAUGGACCGGGAGCUUUCCUGGUCAGCUCUCUGCAAAGGAGCAAUUGGCGCUGCAGGUUGCAACGAUGGAGAAGCUCCGGGAAAGCUUUUACUGCACGGGCUCGACCUUGGAGGUCUAUCGCGAAGGAUGGCGGCCCAAG